AUGGCAGACCAAGUGGUCUUCCUGGCUCAAAAGAUGCUGCUGCCCGGCAAGCCUGAUAUUCUGGGGGCCAUGUUUGUGAUAAGCCGCGACACACGUGUGCGACUCAGUCGGCAGGAGAGACUUUGUCGUGUGCGACUCAGUCGGCGGGAGAUACUUUGUCGCCUGCCUUGUCCAGAGACCGAGGCCGGCUACGAGGGCACGCUGGACAUCAAGGUCUACCUCACCAUCGUGAGCAUCUCUACGAUCGACGAGGAAAAGUCGGGACAACCAGCCACUAACAGUGACUGGAUCGCAGGCAUGGCGGGGGACGCGCACCUCUCGUUCUCGCCGCUGCUGCGUGAGCGACUAUGGGUGCCCGACCUACUCUUCGUCCACGCCACCUCCAUCCGCCAGCUGCAGCUGUACACCCCCAGCGAGGCUCUGCAAAUCUACGCCAACAACACCGUCUUUCUGUCCUCGCUGAUGCUGGUGGAGUAUACUUGCCCUAUGAAGUACAUGUCCUAUCCUCUGGACCGGCAAUCCUGCGACGUCUUCAUGGAGAGCAGCGGCUACCCGUCCGAGCGGCUCAACGUCAGCUGGCACCCGGCCGGCGUGCGUCUGCCGUCUGACUUCCAUCAGCAUCAGUUCGCGGUGUCGGUCAGCAGCGGCUACAACAGCCAGACGGCAUACCCGUCAGGCACGUACGCGGCGGUCGGAUUCCGGCUUAAUCUGCAGCGCAAGGUGCAGUUCUACCUGCUGCAGACGUACUUGCCGCGGGCCCUCCGCGUUAGCUACAUCAAGGCCAUGGAUGUGUGGAUGAUCGGCUGCAUGGUGUUCUGCUUCUACAGCACCGUGGAAUACGCCUUGGUCAUCAGACUGGGGCUGAGCCAGGAGGAGAAGCUGAAAGAGAGUUUCGCAGUUCCGUCCGCGCCCGCCCGUGCCAGCACCACCGGUGUCAGGGGGGUCAAGGUCCAGCCGCUGGGCCAGAGCGGUCAGGUUGACCCCUAA